UCCGAGGGGUCAUUGAAGGCAUCAAAUGUUCACGUUCAGAUUCAGAUUUGAGAGUCGAAGACGAGAAGAAGAAGAAGAAGAAGACCAAAACGUCCUGGAAAGUUAACCCCUAGUUUAGGUAGAAGUGUAGAGGAGGGACGGUUGGCUGUCGAAGAACUUUGUGGCUGGAGAUAUUUUCCCUGGCGUGCGGCUCUGGGUCGAAACAUCUCAGGUGAAUGACCUAGCAAACUGCAACCAUGGCAACCACGCCAUAACGCCGUGCAUUGGGUGUGUCAUCAUCCCAUUGGGGCUUAACAUGAAGUUGCUAGAUGCCGACCCGGAUGGGCUGAAAGAUGCCAGGUAACCCCUGCCUGUGGACAGCGCUCCCUCAGAGCAGCCCCUGUCCGUCUGACCGCUACAAGCACGCCUGCUGCAGCUACGACGGGGCCGUCUACGUCCUGGGGGGAAGAGACAACAGCUGCCUGGGAGACUUCUGGAAGUACAGCAUUGUGUUAGAUGAAUGGACCAGGCUGAGCUGCUCAGGCGAAGCUGCUCCAGAGGAGCUGGAGCAGCACUCUAUGGUGGCUCAUAAGGGUUUCCUGUAUGUGUUUGGAGGCAUGUGGGAUUCUGCAUACACUGGGCAGCGAUGCCCCCUGUGGGUGUUUGAUGUCGUAAAUCAGAAGUGGGUUCCCUGCCAGGGGAAGACCAGCUCCCCUCAGAACCAAAGGCCGAGCAACCGGAAAGGACACAGUGCCGUGGUGCUCGGCUCUGCCAUGCUCGUCUACGGAGGCUUCAUGGACAUAAAGGGAUCCCUGCAGGAGUUUUGGAGUUUAAACCUCAAUACGACGGCUUGGUCUGGCCUCAGCGGUUCUGAUCGGGGAGCGUCCGUUCCUGGGCCCAGACACAAUCACUCCGCCGUGGCCUACCAGAACUGCAUGUUCCUGUUUGGAGGCCUGAAGGGUCUGCGGGAGCAAAGGGACUUCUGGAGGUGGAACAGCACCAAUCACACAUGGACCUGCCUCAAGCCGGGCCCCCCUCGGCUGAUGGGCCACGCCGCCGUGACCUACAGGGACAGCAUGCUGCUGUUCGGAGGCGGUGAAAGCCAGGGUUUUCCCAGCAGGAGCCUGUGGAGGUACAGCUUCUCCUCCCACACCUGGAGCCAGGUGGCCUCGCUCCCAGGCUCCGAUGCUCCGGACCGGAUUCACCACUGCUGCGCCGGGCUCGGCCGCAGCUACGAACCCGACACCGGCGGCUCCGGAUCGGCCCUGCAGCCGACGCCGCAGGAUGCCAAACCCAGACGUUUCAAAAACAAGUGCUUCCCCGUCUCCCACUCCCACUCGGACAUAGAGAUGAAGACAUUCAGCAAAAUGUCUUCAGACGUGGACGCACAGAGCGACACUAAGCCUGAUCCCCAGCUGACGGAGAACAGCUUGACGUUUGAGAAUAAAGCCUUCAGGAGGCAGUGGAGCUGCGCCGACGAGCUGCUGCUCGGCCAGGAAGACGGAGACAUCUUAAAGAACCUGCCUGACACGCUGCUGGUGCUGGGAGGACGACCUUACAGCAGACACAGUCCCAUCUGCCUCUGGAGUAUGACCCUGACCGACUCCUAACACCGAACCUUUACUGACAGAGAACAAUGCAAAAUAUUAACAAGUAUUUUAGAUUAUAAUGUGAAAGAUGGAGGUAAAUUUGACAAAGACCAGCAGCUGGGCUUCUGAAAAUUUCACAGAGCGUUCCUUUAAUCUAAUGAGGCUCGUUUGACGAGAGCUCACACUGCAAAAAUCACAAAAUAUUAACAAGUAUUACUGUUUAGUUUUUACUGCAGUUGUCUUAGUGCACUUGAAAUAAGGCAAAACUAACUUACCAGUAACUUUUCAGCAAGAUAAGGGAGCUUGUUUUAAGUCUUAAUUCUUUAACACUGAUGAAAAAUUAGUAAUUCUACUGGCAGAUAAUUUCACUUAAAACAAGAUUUUUUUCCCCCAUAUUAUAAGUAAAUCAGUCCGCCAGUGGAACUAGUGCUUUUUAAAUUAAUAUUAAGGAAUUAUUAACUUAAAACAAACUCUUAUAUCUUGCUGAAAAGUUACUGGUGAGUUUUUAGUUUUGUUUUAUUUUAAGUGUAUCAAGUACGACGGAGUAUUAGGACUAUAAAAGAAUUAUAUUACAGGUAUAAAGCCAUACAAUUAUAAGAAUAAAUCUGAAAUAAUAUGAGAAUAAAGUCAAAAUUAUACAAGAAUAAAGUCAUAAUAUUACCAGAAUUAAGUCGAAAGAAGUGAAUAAAAUGAAGUCAUAUUACUAGUAUAAGGUUGUAAUAGUAAUCAAGUUUAUUUUAGUGUAUUUCAGCAACAAGACUUUUCAAACUGCUUUGGAUCAUGAAAACAAACAAAUAUAAACACGUAAUGCGUCACCACCUGUGGAAGUGUCAUUAAAAUCAUCCACACAUCAGAUAUGUUGGUUAAUGUUCAUAAGCAACUCUAAACUGGUGAUGACUUUUGUUUUAUGUUCUUAAAGUUGCCCUAAUAGUUUGUUGUAACUGAAAUAUUUGCAUAAGAAACUAGACAAAAUUACUUUGUAAGAUUUUGUGUUUUUUCAGUGAACUAGUGUUUUUCUAUCGCCUCCUCUCUGUUCACCACUGUUACUAACAACCUGUAUGUACAUAAGAGUUUAUAAAAACUGUUUUAUAUCA